CCACACACCACCGUCGCCUCUUCCCUAUCCCCUCUCUGUUCCCUCUGUUUCCUCCACAGCCACUCGUCCUCACAUCCCACCACCAAUCCCUUCUUUUCAAGCCACCCAUCUCAACAACUUCCUCUUUCUCAUCUGGGUUCUCCUCAAAACCCAUCUCCGAAUCCCCAUUUCUUCAGUUCUUGCUCAUUCUUGCAGAAAGUCCGAAGCUUUUACCUUCUCUGCUAACGAAACCAAUUCCCCUGUUUUUCCCCCUCUCUGUUUUUUGACAAAAACAUGGCAAUUCCUUAUCCUCCCCACUUCACUCUGUCUUCUCCCGGAACCCCAAUCGAGCCCCUGCCUCUAACCCAAGACGACCUGAAGAAAAUCGCCGCUUACAAAGCCGUCGACGAUUUCGUAGAAUCCGGCAUGGUGGUCGGCCUCGGCACGGGCUCCACCGCCAAGCACGCCGUCGACAGAAUCGGAGAGCUUCUGCAACAGGGCAUCCUCAGCAACAUCGUGUGCAUACCCACAUCGACAAGAACGCAAGAACAGGCGCUCUCCCUACAAAUCCCUCUAUCCGACCUCGAUUCCCACCCGGUCGUCGACCUCACCAUCGACGGCGCCGACGAGGUGGACCCGCACCUCAACCUCGUGAAAGGCAGGGGAGGGUCUCUGCUUCGUGAAAAGCUAAUUGAGUGUGCUUCCAGGAAAUUCGUUGUCGUAGUCGACGAGUCCAAAUUGGUGAAGUACAUCGGAGGCAGCGGGCUGGCGAUGCCGGUGGAGGUGGUGCCGUUUUGCUGGAAGUUCAAUGCGCGGAGGCUGGAGGAGAUGUUUGGCUACGCUGGAUGCAGGGCGCAGUUGAGGAGGAAAGGAUGCGUUUGUGGGAAUGGUGGUGAUGAUGAUGCUUAUGUGACGGAUAAUGGGAACUACAUAGUGGAUUUGUAUUUGGAGAGGGAGAUUGGGGAUUUGAAGGCGGCGAGUGAAGCGAUGAUGAGGAUGAGUGGUGUGGUGGAGAAUGGGAUGUUUCUGGACAUGGCGACUGCUGUUAUUGUUGCAGGGAGUGGCGGGAUAACGGUGAAGGAUAAGGUUUAACUGAGUUAGGGUUAGGAGUUGCCGAGUUGGUAUGAUGUUUUUGUUGUGAUUUUCAGACUUGUUGCUCUUGUUUGCCUCGUGUACCACAUUCAAAUGUGUUCUUUUGACGACAUUCAAAUGUGUUCUUUUGGGGGUUAAGGUGCCUAAGGAAACAUCCAAGUGUGAGAAUAAAUCACAAUUUACUUCAUUCAAGUAGAUGAUUAAGGAUUCAGAACAAAGGUCCUAAGUAUAUAGCUUGCAAAGAGGCCUAGGUUACUAGAACGGUACAAUCAUAAUUCAACCGAAUCAUAUUAUUGUCAAAUGUCAAUGCAAUGUUAUUGUUAGAAUGAGACUAAUUAAGAGGGGUUAAUUCG